CAUCUUUCCAUGCCACCCUCUUCUUCCACCUUCUUCUCCUAAUUUCUGUCCCUCAUUAAUGGAUCCAACAUAUGUCCCUCGUUCAGUCCCAUGCAUGUUGGUAUUACUCUUGAUGUUCUUCAGCACUUUCUGUAACGCAGAUUUGAACAAGGACAGAGAAAAAUGUGCAAACCAGCUCGUAGGUUUAGCAGGUUGUCUUCCUUAUGUUGGUGGUGAUGCGAAAUCUCCUACCAUUGAUUGUUGCAGUGGACUCAAAGGUGUCCUGCAACAUAGCAGGGAAUGCUUAUGUAUCUUGGUUAAGGAUCGAAAUGAUCCUAACCUUGGUCUUAAGAUUAAUGCUACCUUAGCACUUAGCCUUCCUGACAAAUGUCAUGCACCAGCUAAUGUCUCAGACUGCCCAGCCCUGCUACACUUGGCACCUAAUUCGCCUGAUGCUAAGGUAUUUGAGGAUUUUGCAAAGAAUGGAAACGGCUCUGCAACUGCUGAAGCAGGAGGAAGUUCCAGUACUGACAAGGGAUCAACUGGAGCUGCUAUUAAGAGUGAUGGAGGAAAAGGGAUCAGGCGGUUGAGAAUUGAGAUGGUUUUAGGGCUCUUGAUCAUUGUGGUUCUUGAUAUGAUCCUACCCAAUUUUACUGUUUGUUGAUCAAUAGGAUUCCAUCAACAUACAUAGUUGCUUUCACAUUUUCUUUCCCUGUUUCCCUUUGUAUCCCCACCCCUUUUCUUUGUGCUGUCUUGGUCCAGUGUGAAAAGGCAUAUACCAAUUUUUUCAUGCCAAUAUGUAAUGGAAAUUUCUACAAUUAAAGAGGUUUGUAUGAUGAAAUCUUAUAGGUAAUCUUCAUUUGA